GCUCAGUGCGCAUGCUCAGUUUGUAGAGAGAGGAUAGCUUACAUUCUUCGGCUACAAAAAGCAUCUUUGCAGUCCUUGAAAGUGAAGAAGAGACUUGAUACAUCAUGAGGGUAGCACUAGUAUCAUUGUUGCUGCUGGGGAUCGCGUUUGCAGACCCUUCAGUCUAUUUUCAGGAGAGAUUUGAGACAAAGGAGUGGCGGGAGAGAUGGAUAGACUCCAAGCAUAAGUCUGACUACGGGACGUUUGACUGGACAGCUGGCAAGUUCUAUGGAGAUGCUGAGAAGGAUAAAGGUGUGCAGACAAGUGAGAAUGCUAAGUUCUACGCCAUGUCUGCCGGGUUUGACAAGUUCACUAAUGAAGGGAAGACGGUCGUCAUUCAGUUCACCGUCAAACACGAGCAGAAGAUCGACUGCGGAGGUGGCUAUGUAAAGAUAUUCCCGAGUACGAUGGACCAGAAGGACAUGCACGGAGAGUCCAACUACAACAUUAUGUUCGGGCCUGACAUCUGUGGACCAGGCACCAAGAAGGUACACGUCAUCUUCAACUACAAGGGCAAGAACCUCCUCAUCAAGAACGACAUUAGAUGCAAGGACGAUGAGUUCACCCAUCUGUACACGCUCAUUGUACGCUCUGACAACUCGUACAUGGUAAAGAUUGACAACAAGAAAGAGAAGGAGGGUACGCUCGAGGAGGACUGGGACUUCCUGCCCACCAAGACCAUCCCAGACCCUGAGGCUAAGAAACCUGAAGAUUGGGACGAUAGAGCCAAGAUUGACGAUCCUGAGGAUUCUAAGCCUGAAGACUGGGUGGAGACUGAGUACGUGUCUGACCCUGAUGCUGAGAAGCCAGAGGACUGGGACGAUGAUAUGGACGGAGAGUGGGAGCCCCCUAUGAUCCCUAACCCAGAGUACAAAGGAGAGUGGUCACCCAAGCUCAUCGACAACCCUGACUUCCAGGGCAUGUGGGUGCACCCAGAGGUUCCCAACCCAGAGUAUGAGGCCGAUGACAACCUCUACCUGUACGAGGACUUUGGCAGCAUCGGGAUUGACAUCUGGCAGGUGAAGUCUGGCACUAUCUUUGACAACUUCCUCAUCACUGAUGACGAGACGUACGCAGAGGAGGUGGGCAACGAGACCUGGGGGGAGACCAAGGACCCUGAGAAGAAAAUGAAGGAAGCGCAAGAUGAAGAAGAGCGUAAGGCUGCAGAAGAGGCGGCCAAAGCAAUGGAGGAGGAGACUGAAGCAGAGACCGAUGACAAUGAUGAUGAUGAUGAUGAAGACAAUAAUGACGAAGAUUUAUUAAGUGAUGGCGAUGACGACACCCAAGAGGAGGAGGAUGACGAGAGUGUGGGUAAAGACGAGUUGUGAUCACACAGACGACGUCAUGUGACAUUCAUAUGACUCAAUUUAGGAACAAUUUUGUUACACAUUUCUGGAGUAUUAUUAUUAUAGAUUAUAUACACCAAUUAAGACUUGUUUAGGUGUUUACAUUUGUUGAGUGAUAUAAAUUUAUUAUUGUGAAGGAAA